CAGUUAUAGCAGCAGCAGCAGCCCUUCAAAUUUUCUGAUAAUUAAUUCCACUCUAUUUAAUUUCCUGCCAUUUUUAAAAUUUUCAAUCAUUAAAACUCAGCCAUACCACUACCACCACCCAGCCUACAGUGUCAAACCCGUUGUACAUGUCUAAUCUCUCUCAUCAAGAAGAAGAAAGCUGUCAUUUUCUUGGCAGUGAAAGAAAGCACAUGCUUCAAAUUCUUUGGAUGGAAUCUCUUCUGUGGCUUCCAUGAAUGUUGGCCUCUAAAGUUUUGAUCUUUCACCUACUCAGCUAAAUUCUGCUCUCGGGUAUCUCUGUAUCUCUUACUUUUGUCUUGUUUUCUCUUCCUUUAAUUUGGUUGGGUAUCAAAAGCUUUGACAAAGAACCUUAGCAGUGGAGACCCGGAUCAGUUUUUGUUUCAAAAAGUCAACUUCUGGGCUCUCCAAUCGCCAUUCGUUUGUAAAGUUUCAAGCUCUGGCGAGUGGUGUUUUCAAUCCUGUACAUAUUCUUCAUUGAUGCUGUCAAAUUUCUCUCUUUUACUUGUUUUUUGUAUUGUUUUUGACAAUUUCCAUUGCUGUCACUCUAUUCUUAUUUGAUGUGAGAAUUGAGAUCUAUCCUUUUAUACCAUUUUGUUAUUGGAAGAAAGAUUCUGGUGUGUGAUUCUGUUUGUACUGUUCAUAAUACCCUGGAUGUUGUUGGCCCAUUGAGUUUUUGUGGACUUGGUAUUUCUGCUACUCAUCCUACUCAGUUUAUAGCUUAAAUACAAUUUAAAACACAUUCUCUGGUACUGAAAUUCUCACCAUUUUCAAACCAUUUGAAAUCUCUCCUCGCAUUUUGAAUCAAUUUCUAGUACCUAAUAAGGAGUCAUAUUGGUGUCCAAUUGAAUUCUUUCAUCAUACAGUGGGGCACAUUUUGAAUCAUCCAUCUAUUUUGAUAUUAUUUCCCCAGGUUCUUGUCAUUUUCCUUCUAAAUACAUGCCUCUUGAUCAAUGUUAGUGUGGUUAGACUCUAGGCACCAAUGUCAAUCUUAUGUGGCGUACCUCUCCUUGAGUGUGUGUAUUGUCUAGCUUGUGCUCGAUGGGCGUGGAAACGAUGUCUCCACACUGCAGGUCAUGACAGCGAGACUUGGGGUCUUGCAACUGCUGAAGAAUUCGAGCCAAUUCCUCGCCUUUGCCGCUAUAUUCUAGCUGUUUAUGAAGAUGAUCUUCGGCACCCUCUUUGGGAACCUCCUGGAGGGUAUGGAAUAAAGCCAGAUUGGUUAAUCCUAAGAAGAACAUACGAAGAUACUCAUGGAAGGGCGCCACCAUAUAUAUUGUAUCUUGAUCAUGACCAUGCUGAUAUAGUUCUAGCUGUCAGGGGCCUUAAUUUGGCAAGGGAGAGUGACUACGCUGUACUUUUGGAUAAUAAGCUAGGGAAAAGGAAAAUUGAUGGUGGGUAUGUCCACAAUGGGCUAUUGAAGGCUGCUGGUUGGGUUUUGGACGCGGAAUGUGACAUUUUGAAGGAAUUAGUGGAAAAGUAUCCGAAUUACACAUUGACUUUUACAGGUCAUUCUCUGGGGUCAGGUGUAGCAGCAAUGCUGGCACUAGUGGUAGUGCUACAUCAUGAUAAAUUGGGAAACAUUGAUAGAAGGAGGAUCAGAUGCUACGCAGUUGCACCUGCACGAUGCAUGUCACUUAAUUUGGCUGUCAGAUAUGCAGAUGUUAUCAAUUCUGUAGUGCUUCAGGAUGAUUUCUUGCCGCGGACAGCCACGCCCUUGGAAGACAUUUUCAAGUCACUUUUCUGUCUGCCCUGCCUACUAUGUUUAAGGUGCAUGAGAGAUACUUGUAUUCCGGAUGAGAAAAUGAUCAAAGAUCCGAGGAGACUGUAUGCACCUGGCCGCCUAUAUCACAUUGUUGAAAGGAAGCCUUUCAGAUUGGGAAGAAUCCCCCCUGUUGUGAGGACAGCGGUACCAGUAGAUGGGCGGUUUGAGCAUAUAGUUCUUUCCUGUAAUGCUACUUCUGAUCAUGCAAUCAUUUGGAUAGAGAGAGAAGCCCAGAGGGCUAUGGAUAUAAUGGUAGAGAAAGAUCAUAUCAUGGAGAUCCCAGCAAAGCAAAGGAUGGAGCGGCAGGAGACUUUGGCCCGAGAACACAGUGAGGAGUACAGGGCUGCAUUACAAAGGGCUGUUACACUCUCAGUUCCCCAUGCGUAUUCACCUUCCAAGUAUGGAACUUUCGAUGAGGUGGAAGAAGGAGAGGAUUCGCAAAGAUCUAGCGGGGAAUCUUCUUUUGGUUCUUCGAAGACAGGCAAGAUAAGAGAGAACUGGGAUGAAUUGAUUGAACGUCUUUUUGACAAAGAUGUAUCUGGUCACAUGGCUCUCAAGAAAUCACAAAGGGAUGGAUGAUUGAUCAUGGAGAGGGAGGGGAUAUGUUUGCUGCAAAAGACAUUAAAUUGAAAUUAUAUGUCCAUUGAUUCUUGAGUUAAUAAGUAAAUGUAGGAUUGAAAAAAAGAAAAUGAAAAAUUUGAGAAUUGGAUCUAUGUUGCGAACAUGAUACAUGGAAGAAAUAGAUGGCACUGAUCCAAUAUCUCUCA